AUGUAUUUGAUUAUCUACUUGCUAUUCCACCAUAUUCAAGCCUAAUGCUAUUAGAAGUAUAAGGAUUAGACCAUAUAUCUAUCUCCAGGAGAGACUUUAAAAUUGGAUUUGUAAAAUUACAUAUACGGUAAGCAACUUCAAUAUUCAUCCUCUAAUGAUUGUCUGGAGAACAAAUUGAACUAGAAAAACAUAACCAUAGCCAAUUUAUUAUUAUCGGAUUACUCAGAAUAUAGUUUGUGCUAUGACCCGAAAAGUGGAGUUUGUAAUUAACAAGACAUUUAUUAUUAUUAUUAUAGAGUUAGGAUAAACAGUGCAUAUGUAUGUUAAGGAUUACUAAGUGACUAUAGCAUUUUACAAUAUCACAAACACUCUGUUGAAGCCCACCUAUAAAACCAACUUCAAAAUAGAUCGAGUAUUUGAAUUGAUUAUGUGUGUAGAACAGUGAAUGCACCAAUGUGUUAUGCAUGAGAUUAGAUUUGGGGAUGAUCGAAUGCAACCAUAAAACCAAGGAGCAAUCAACCAUCUAUUUGAUCGACGCACAAUUGCAGUAAACUUAAAUCUAUUUUCUACAAACUAAUCAAUUGGGCCCUAUCUAGUAAUUGAUAUCAUAAUAAAUAGGGCAGGAAUGAUCAAUUACAACAACGAGGACAUUGUGAUUUACUAUAAGAUGGUCAAUUUCAUGAACAACAGUAGAAUUGACAUGUAUAGUAUAAAUGUUACAUCCAAAGAACUCACCACCUCCACCAUAAUAGAUAAAUUAGUCUUCAAGUUGGAGUCGUUGAACAUAUACAGUUUCUUGAUUUACAAUUCAGCCAUCUACGUUUUAUCAAAAGAAUUGGGAGUCUGUUAUAUUCGCAAUCAACCCUACAAUUAUUGUUGGAAGUUUACUGACGUCUUUGAUGUCUUUAGUGUUUACAUCCAAUAAAAUGGAGUUCACAAUAUACUCUUGGGGUCCACCACUACUUCUGAUAUCUUUAAGGCUUAUUUGUUGGAUGAUGAUACCUACAAAAUCAAUUAGAUAUAUAAGUUAUCAAAAAACAUGACUUUUUCAUAAAUAUUCCACAACGAUAAAUACAGUUUUAUUAUUGGACGCAAAAACAACAACACCAAGAGGUAUUUCAUAGAAAUUUACAGUCAAAUGGAUGAUUUCACUUCCAAUUUGUAUAAAACUAUUGAAAUCGCUUCCUCUAAAGAGUUAUUCUAUUUUGAUAGUCUAAACAGUAUGAUGAAAUUAUUAAUUUAGAUAAUGCCUAUGCUGUUAAUAAUAAGUCCAUCUUCAUUAUCACCCCACAAGUUUCAUAUCUCACUAUUAAUGAUGGUGAAUGCUUUGAUGAAACUAUUGAAAUCAAAGCAUAGGUUCCUUCUAUGGAGUUGGAUACCAUCUGCAAUUUCAUAUUCUAUGUUAUCAAACUGGAGGAAGGCAGCCAAGAUAUUUAUGACAAAUCAGAAUUGGAAUAAUCCUUAAUAGUCUUAAAUCAAAGUAUUAAUAAUUUUUAUUUGAAUAAUCUUGUGAUCGGUCCCAAUGUCGACUAUUAUUUAUAUAAUGCAUCAUUAGAGAGUUCAAAUGAAAAUGAUUUUGAGAGGAUCAAGUUCAAGGAGCAUUUUACUAUUUCAUAUGCUCAAACUAUGGACAUCACUUCUAUUAUCUACACUCGUGCAUUUAAGACUGUGAUUGGAGAUCAAUACAUUUAAAUAAUCUAAUGGAGAGACUUAACUCUCGAAAUAUUCAAUUGCAUAAUCCCUGGGAGUGAGAAGGACAUCAAUUGCAUUUAUAAAUAGAACAUCAAACUGUUAGAUUCAGUGUUGUAAAUUGUCAGCGGAUUGUAGUGUUCAACUGAAUGUUUUGUUAUCAGACAAGAAAAGAGAGCAGACCUCUACAUUGAGUAUAAUAAUAAGUUUAUAUUUACCAAUUGUUUCAUUGAAUCACAAUACAAUAUCCAAACAAUUAAAUUACAUUUAGAAAAGUAUUUAGUAGAAUUAGAAAAUAAUAAGAUUCAAGUAUGAAUUCAUAUUAAAUAGAUAUUCUUGCCAACAUAUAGGUAAUCAAUGACUUGCAAUUUCGAAAAGGUUUUCGAGAUUACUUCUCUUUAAUUAGAGGAACUUAUAAAUACAAGUAGGACUAUCAAUAUAUUUAAUGUUAAAACUAAUAUCAACAUUUACAACCUCUACAUUUCCACUAAUUUAGGUCUAAUCAUUAUAGAUCCAGGCUUGUUAAGAUUCCAGAAAGUUCAAUUAAUUGCAUUCGUGUAAUUUAACUAAUAAUUUGACACCGUACUUUAAGUGAUUAGAGAUCGGAUCAUCACAUUAUAAUAUAAAUAGAUAACCAUUAUCAAUCUAGUAUAAUAAAAUUUCUAUUACACUGAAAAAGCAUUGCCCACCUUCAAUUUUACUAUCACAAAUAUUACUAAUUCAUAAGUGGCUUUUUCUCAAAAUUAUUUGUAUUUGCAAGCAAAAGAUGCUAAUUACACCGAUGUUAUUAUAGUUUACAAAGUAGAUGAACCAUAAAUUUCAUCUUUUCAUACAUACUUUAUUAAAACUAAUAAUUUAGAUUUUAGCUUAAUAUAAAAAUAAGACGAUGAGGUAUUUUUAGUGCAGGUGUUCGAGGCCCAAAAAUUGUACAGUGAGGUUAUUUUAUAGUUCAAAUCAUCUCAGCCAAAAACAAUUAAAGUUGUGUUUUAAGGAUUUAAAAGUUAUGCAAAAUUUAUGGAUAUAAAUGUUAAUGUGAAAACUGCAGAAAAACAAUACAAUCUUUCACUACUAAUCAAUGAAACAUAAAACAUAAUUUAUGAUGAUUCCAUUUUAGACUUCAUCAAAUUAGAUGGAUAUAAUGACUACAUUGAUGGAAGUGUAAGUGAGUGGGCAAUCACAUGUUUUUCCUGCUAAAAGGAAUUAGAACUCAUCAAUAACAUCAAUUAUAACCAAUAUUUAACAUAAAUCCCUAAUGCAACUUAAAUUAAACAUACUGUUGAUUACGUGCUAAUCUAAUAGGAGUAGAGUAUAAUUGCAAUUGAUAAUUUUGGAAUGGUCAAGUUUUAUAUUCCUUUGCCUGUGUCUGAGCACUCAACAAAGUGCACUUCCAUAACUGCCAAUACUUUGGAAAGCAAAACCAAAUUAGUCGUAUCCGUUUGUAAUACAAAAUCCUAAGCUUAAUUUUAUAUUACAUCAUUUCUAAGUUCGUUACCUGUCCCUAUGGGUCCUUUCUAUUCUCCUUUAGUAAUUAAUCAAAUCAGUCAUAUACGAAUGUUAAAUGAAAUAUUGUUUAUUUUAGAUGUAGUGACUGAAUACGUCUACUUGUUUAAUCUAACAAUUGAUGAAAAUUAGGCCGAUUCUUUGAGAGUGAUGAACAGAUUAAAUGCUAGAGAGUUCACUGCUGACAAAGGCCAAGUUUUUGUUAGUUUUGAUGUAGCCUAUAGUGAUGAGACUUAUCUACUAUUUUUACUCACAAAUUCAUCAUGUAACUCAUAUAAUUUUACAAUAGAAUUUAUCAUUUAUACCUACCCUUAAGAUUUUGCUUACACCCUGGAUUUGAUAUUCUUCUUAUAUGAGUAAGGAUUUACAGACUUGCCCUCCAACAUAGUACCGUAAUCUUUGAUAGUAGCAGAGACAGCUCUGAAGGAUGAAUUACAAUAUUACAGAAUCAUUGUGGCUAAUCAAAAUUUUCACCAUUACGAAUUAGAGAUUUCAAUAGGAUAUCCAGACAAUUCUAUUAAAUUCAAAUUCAUAAGAGCUUACAUGUAAUAUGGAUAUUUCUACGCUAACGGAAAGAUUCGAGUCUCAGAAGAGACUCAGGGAUUCUUCGGUUUGAUUUACCAAAAUCCUUUAGAUGAAAAAUAAAAACUAUUGAUUGUAUAUGAUAGGUUUAGUAAAAGCUAAGAAAAGCUUCGUAAGAUUCUUGGAGGAUAUAAAAUAAAUUCAAAUUAUUAGAUGUAAAUAUUAUAAUAAUUUUUAAGUCUAUUUGAUUUUUUGCAUUUUAAGAAGAGGAACGAUGAGUUUUCAUAUGGUAUCAUCUUGUAAGAUGGGCCUGUCUUGAGUUCUUUGACACUAUCAAGAUAUUUGGCUAUUAAGGUAAAUUUCAAGGAAUUUCAAACACAAAACAUUACCUUCAAUGCUUCGAAUGACUUUGGAAAAUGGGUUAGUUUCCAAGCAAACAUUUAUAAUAGAGCUGGAUAAGUAAGAGAUGAUAAAUUAUUAAUUAGGCAAAUUUACUUUUGAUAAUGUUGUCUUUGGCGGUUGUUGUAUUUAUAGUGAUAUUCUCAUCAUGGUUAUAUGUUAUGAACAAAUUAAAAAAACUAUAAGUUAAAGAGUUGGAUGUGAUAGUGGAAGAGGAGGAAAUAGUUAAAGAAAGUCAAUGA